AUGAGGCCGUUGUCCUUCGAGAAUCUGCGAAGGCUCGUGGGCCGCAAGAAGGACCGUAACGAGCCGUCCUUCAAGCGGAGCGAGUCCUUCAAGAGGAUAUCGAUAAGGAAGAGUUAUCUGGACCGUGGCAAACGACGGAACAAGCUACAGAAGAGCCUCGAGCCGAGCACGGUCCCUCUGUCGUCGGUCCAGCCGAACGACGAGAAACCGAUCGAGAAGAAAGAUUCAUUGAAGGAUCAGAAGCCUCGAAAGCUUCAGGAUGACACGCUCAGUCGGGAAUCGAUCAGCUACGACGAGUGGCUGCAAGGUGUCAGUUCAUCGUCCAGGGAGAAGCUACACGAGGAUCAUCUGUCGAAUAAAUUUCAUCAGGUUGCUGUUCCUCAGGCGACAGGGAAGAACAAGAUCGUCAUCACCAGAUAUCAGAAAUCGAACGAAUCCACGGCCGACCACGUGGCAGAUGAUCUGAAGGUGCUCGAGCUGGACGGGUCACCGGUGUUGCUGACCUCGCGACCGUUUCGUACCUCGAGUGAGACGAUCGAGGUGAAUGGUAGCAGCCAGCAGGAUAUUCUACAGGCCCAGGAACCGUUGUCCGUCGAAGGACCGCCCAGCGUCAGUAUCAGCCUGGGCAGGAUCUGGAGGGACGCGGUCCCUGUUCCGUAUCCGUCCUCGUCCUCCAACGGGCCGUCUGUUCAUCAUUCGUUGGACAGCGCGCUAAAGGAGAGGAGACCACAGCCAACGAUCGCCAGGACGGUAUCUGCGCCUGAGAAAACUGUGAACGGGAAGGAUGCAUCCUCGUCCGCUUUCGGUUUCUCCCUUAGGAUCGCCAAGCUGGCCGAUUUUCGUGCAGGGGGCACAAGGAAUGGUUUCUUCAACCGUCGAACAAAGAAACCAUCGCCAAGCGUCAGCACGGAGGGUUACUUCAAGCGGACAAACAGUUCCAGACGAUCUAGCUCUCGACGUCGUGGCAGACGAACCUCUCAGAGAACGAAGAAGACGGCAACAACAACGCCAUCGUCGCAACCACCACGAUCGAACAGCCCUGUGUGGUUCGUACCACCAGAAAGGAGACGUUCGCGACGUCAGAGACGUGUCUGGCGGGAGAUCAGAUACUUCCCAGAGUUGGAGGAUCCCGUGAUCGAGAGGAUCGACGACUGGUCGUCGAAUCUAUCGGACGAUCAGUUCGACGAUCUCAAGCUGUUGCUCUCGGGCGACUUCAACGACAGACGUGACGACGUCGUCUUGAACUCGUUGGUGUCGUCACCUUUGGGCUCUUUAUCCGCCACCACGACUUCGUCGUCCUCGGGCUGUCCAGCGCCGAAGAUCAGCGACUUCAACGAGGACAAGCUGUUCUCCGAGGAACUACGGACCAGCGGUCUUCUAGCACGUCGGACCACCUGGCAGCCAUCGGCCACGUCCAACUACUUCGCCAGCAACCAGUUUCUCAGCUUCUUGUCGAAAGGCUCGAGUGGCUCUGUGGGGACGGAGAAGACCAGGACCACCGAGUCGACGUACUAUGGCCGAUGUCUGUCGUCCACUGAUACCGAGGACGAGGAAACCAAUUGUCACGGGGUGGUCGAACGACGGAAGAACGUGACUUCGCAGGCAAGCCAGACCAGGCAGCAACAGCUGAAGAGGCAGAGGUCGGGGCUUAGGCGGAGACCACUUAGGCGGAAGUCACAGCUACGAAAGGCUUCUGGGCAACCGGUGUUUCUUGUGCGAAAGUGCUCGUCGUUGAGGAGGAGACCUAGGGACAUAACGCAAAAAGGGUACGAAAAGAAACGGACACGUCUACUUCAGCAGUAUGCCUCGAAGCAGCUGGGGGCUGGAAACGAUGGUGGAGGUGUCGGCGUCCUCGGUAUCGAAAGGGUCGAGAGAACGGGGUAUGGAAGCGGUGGUGGUGGUGGAGGUGGUGGUGUUGGUGUCGGCGGGGUCGGAGUCGGUGUCGGUGGCCGACCACAGCCACGUGCACGGCGCACGCAACGUCGUGUCACGCACAACGAGAAGCGCUAUCAUUCAGGAGGCCGGCUAGUACCUGGCGGGAUCGCUAGUCCCCCGGGAUCUGGCGGCUCGACCGGAAACACCGGGAACUCGAACUCGGCGGCUGCGAGACGCGGCAAUCGCAGACUAACGCGCAAUGAGAGCCGCUAUCAUUCCGAGGUGCGGCAGGAGGCGGUACAGCAGGCAUUGGCGGCGAUGCAGGGACGUCCGAAGCCGUCGUUGCCGAUGCCGUCGAAGAGAACCUCCGUAAUGGCCAGGAGCCCCGACCGGGAGCGCCGUGACAGCGGCGAGUCGAGCAGCGACGAGGACAGCGUGGUCACCGAGGAGAGUCCAGGCGCUGGUGGUCCGACGGGCACAGGACUGUCAGACACGAGCAGCACCGGUUCGGCGCGAGACACGCCCCCGCCACCGAGACCACCGGCCAGGAGACCUCCUGGCGCGGACAUCACGGACAUCGCUGAAUACACGCCCCAUGCCUACUGCAACAUACAGCCUCCCGACGUGACGCACACAAGCAACACACCAGCGGCGCAACAGUCGACGCGCAGGCCGGGUGCCGAUCGUGUGAAUCGGUAUCACGUCGUCGAGGAUCAGAACAACACCGGGACCACCGGCCGUUGGAAGGUCUCCGCGAAGAUCCAACAGCUGUUGAACACCCUGAAACGGCCGAAACGUCGACCGUUGCCCGAGUUCUACGAGGACGAUGACAUCGAGCUCGAGAUCGCGGCGAAUCCGAAGGAUCCAAACGCCCCAAAACCGGAGGGCGGUUCCAUGACCUCCGCUGUUGUCGAAUUGUAUCAUGGUCUGAGUUAACAAUGCGUGUUCCUUGUUUCUAGGUAUGGCACGGCAACGUGUAAAGCACCAGUGGCGACGGUCCUCGAUCCGAACGGCAAGUUCUGCGUGAUGCUCACCUAUGGGAAGCUUCUCAGCCGUUCGCACAAAAUCGCUUAUACGUUGCUGAACAAGGCUCUGAGUCGCAGCGGGGAUUGCUGUCUGAAGCCCGGCGACCGAAUCGCUUUGGUGUACCCGAACAACGAUCCGAUAAGCUUCAUGUGCGCCUUCUACGGUUGCCUUCAGGCGGGCAUCGUGCCGGUGCCGAUCGAGGUACCUUUGACUCGACGGGAUGCUGGCUCCCAGCAGAUCGGCUUUCUCUUGGGCAGCUGCGGGAUUCAGGUGGCGUUGACCAGCGAAGCUUGUUUGAAAGGGCUGCCGAAGACCGCGGCCGGCGAAGUGGUGGCGUUCAAAGGAUGGCCGAAGCUGCACUGGUUCGUCACCGGGCAUCUAGGCAAGACCCCGAAAGACUGGCUACCGCCGCCCCGUUUGACCGACGACACACCAGCGUACAUAGAGUACACCACCGAUAAAGAUGGCUCGGUGAUGGGGGUGACGGUGACCAGGUCCGCGAUGCUGACUCAUUGUCGUGCCCUAACGCAAGCCUGCGGCUACACAGAAGGGGAGAACGCGGUCUGCGUGUUAGAUUUCAAACGGGAGGUCGGCCUAUGGCACAGCACUCUGACCUGCGUCCUGAACGGAAUGCACGUGAUAUUCAUUCCGUACGCUCUGAUGAAAGUGAAUCCUGCCAGUUGGAUGCAAAUGAUCACGAAGCACCGGGCGAGCGUGGCGGUGGUGAAGUCGCGUGAUCUACACUGGGGUCUGCUCGCCACAAAAGAUCACAAGGACAUCUCUUUGGCGUCGCUCAGGCUGCUGUUGGUCGCGGACGGGGCGAAUCCUUGGUCCCUAUCCUCGUGCGAUCAGUUUCUCUCCGUAUUCCAAUCGAAAGGAUUGCGUCCUGACGCGGUGUGCCCUUGCGCGUCCUCCAGCGAGGCUCUGACUGUAUCCGUUAGGCGACCAGGUCGAGCCGGUGUGAACGCCACCGGUCGAGGGGUGCUGUCGAUGUCUGGACUGAGCUACGGGGUUGUCAGAGUGGAUCAAGAAAACUCCCUGACUUCCCUCACGCUUCAGGACUGCGGUCAGGUCAUGCCUGCAAGUAUCGUGGUCGUGAUCAAAAUGGAAGGUCAACCGUUCAUCUGCAAGACUGACGAGGUCGGCGAGAUCUGCGUGCACAGUUCAACGACCGGGAACCAGUACUGGGGAUUGCAAGGGUUAACGAACAACACCUUCAAAGUGUCCCCGCUUCAAGCGGACGGGACACCGCUCGGGGACGUUGAGUACACUCGAUCCGGUUUGUUGGGCUUUCUGGGCCCCGGUGGUCUUGUGUUUGUCUGCGGUUCGCGCGACGGUCUGAUGACAGUCACUGGAAGAAAGCACAACGCCGACGAUAUCAUCGCCACGGUUCUAGCCGUGGAGCCGAUGAAGUUCAUUUACCGCGGAAGAAUAGCUGUGUUCAGCGUACGCGUCCUGAGGGACGAAAGAAUAUGCGUCGUUGCGGAACAACGACCCGAUUGCAGCGAGGAGGAAAGUUUCCAAUGGAUGUCACGUGUCCUUCAAGCGGUUGACUCGAUCCACGCCGUUGGUAUUUACUGUUUAGCACUAGUCCCGCCGAAUUACCUGCCGAAGACGCCUCUAGGCGGUAUACACCUGUCUGAAACGAAACGACGAUUUCUAGAGGGUACCCUACACCCGGCUAAUGUUCUGCUUUGUCCGCACACUUGCGUUACCAAUCUACCGAAACCACGCGAAAUCCAUUCAGCGGGGGAUUCUGUUGCAGACGUUGGACCGGCCAGUGUCAUGGUGGGCAACAUUGUUCAGGGUAAUAGACUGGCCUCCGCCCAAGGACGGGAUAUGGGUGUCUUGGACGAGGAUAGUGAUAACGCUAAGAAGUACCAGUUCAUCUCGGAGAUCCUUCGAUGGCGGGCAGUGAGCACCUCCGAUCAUGUGAUAUUUACAUCGUUGAACGCGAAGGGAGCGGUGGCGACAUCACUGUCCUGCUCGCAGCUGCACAAGAAGGCUGAGCGAAUCGGGAAUCUGUUGUUGGAUCGGGGACGGAUCAAUACUGGGGAUCACGUGGCGUUAAUAUUUCCUCCUGGCACAGACCUGAUAUGUGCGUUUUACGGUUGCCUGUACGUUGGAGCGGUGCCAGUCACGAUCAGGCCGCCCCAUCCCCAGAAUCUUCAAACUACAUUGCCGACCGUUCGCAUGAUCGUGGACGUUAGUAAAUCCGUACUGGUCCUCACCAAUCAGAACCUCUUGAAACUUCUGAAAACAAAGGAGGCGAACAACGUGGUCGACGUGAAGAGCUGGCCGACGAUUCUCGAUAUGGACGACAUGCCAAAGAAGAAGCUACCUGUUAUGUAUCGAGCCCCGACGGCCGAGAUGCUGGCCUACUUGGACUUCAGCGUCUCGACUACGGGUAUGCUGGCCGGUAUAAAAAUGUCCCACGCGGCUGUCACGUCUCUGUGCCGUGCCAUGAAACUCGCCUGCGAGCUGUAUCCGUCCAGGCACAUCGCUCUGUGCCUGGACCCGUAUUCUGGAUUAGGAUUCGCCCUGUGGUGUUUGAGCAGUAUAUACAGCGGGCAUCAUUCCAUACUUAUACCCCCAUCGGAGGUUGAAGCCAAUCCAGCAUUAUGGUUGUCCGCCGUUAGCCAGUCUAGAGUAAGGGAUACAUUCUGCUCGUACGGCGUGAUGGAAUUAUGCACGAAGGGUCUCGGAUCCUCUGUUCACGCUCUGAAGGCGCGAGGCGUUAGUUUAGCAUGCGUCAGGACGUGCGUGGUCGUCGCCGAGGAAAGGCCGCGAAUCGCCCUCACUACGAGCUUCAGUAAAUUGUUCUCCGCUUUGGGUCUCAGUCCUCGUGCCGUGUCGACCUCUUUCGGUUGCAGAGUGAACACGGCCAUUUGCCUACAGGGUGCAUCGAGUCCAGAACCGUCUACAGUGUACGUUGAUCUUCGAGCCCUGCGCAACGAUCGCGUGUCCUUGGUCGAAAGGGGCAGCCCCCAUUCUCUGUGCCUGAUGGAAUCAGGAAAACUGCUGCCCGGUGUAAAAGUGAUAAUCGCCAACCCAGAAACGAAGGGACAGUGCGGGGACUCGCACUUGGGCGAGAUUUGGGUGCAGUCUGCUCACAACGCAAGCGGUUACUUCACGAUCUAUGGGGACGAGAGCGAUUACGCGGAUCACUUCAAUGCACGCUUGGUGACCGGAAAUACGAAUGAGGUCUACGCGAGGACCGGUUAUCUUGGUUUCUUGAGGCGUACCGAAAGCGUUCAACAAUCGGUUAUCAGCGACGUUCCCGGGGACACGACCGCGGCGGAAGCAGAUCUCGUUCCUGGUGACGCUGAGCUACAUGACGCUGUGUUCGUCGUGGGCGCUCUCGACGAGGCUAUACUGCUACGGGGAAUGAGAUACCACCCGAUCGAUAUCGAGAAUAGCGUGAUGAGGUGUCACAAGAAGAUAGCAGAAUGCGCUGUAUUCACAUGGACCAACCUGCUGGUAGUGGUGGUCGAGCUUGACGGAAGCGAGAGCGAAGCUCUGGAUCUCGUCGCUCUGGUGACCAGCGCCGUUCUCGAGGAGCAUCACCUAGUGGUGGGCGUGGUGGUCGUAGUGGACCCCGGUGUGGUCCCGAUAAAUUCACGUGGCGAGAAGCAACGUAUGCACCUACGGGACGGUUUCCUGGCGGACCAAUUGGAUCCCAUCUACGUCGCGUAUAACAUGUGAACGGUGUCGUUUGUAUACCUGGCUGGUAUCGUACACUCCGGUCGCGCGUUGGUUCUCGUUCUCGUUUCAGCGCCUGACGCCCUCUAUCGUCCUCGAGAAGAGCCCCCGGGGUCGCAAGCUGCUGCAACUGGAAUUUACGUUCUUCCUCGAGGAAGACAACGAUCAUCCACCCGCGUGGGAAGGUUUAAUCCGGAACGUAUCGCAAGGACUCUACGUAUUUUUUAAAACGAACGUCGUCCCUAAACGUUUUCUGCUUCUCCUCUAAGAGAAGAUACAGGAGUAGGAGGAGCGCGUGUACUGAAAUUCUUCGUUGUAGCGUUUACGUAUAUCGAAGGGUUAAGAGAAACUUCGAGGCGUAUCGAAGACCCCAAGUCACACGGUUACCAGCGCUCUCGCCGUCAAAGCUACAAGCUCCUAUUUAAUAUUGAAUAAGGAUUCACACACACACACAGUCCAAAGGACGAUCGCGCAAGUCCGAUCGUCUUUGUUUUCUUCUUUUUCCACAUGGGAAACUAUCUCGUCGACGGAAUGAACGGCACAAAUAGCCGAUUCUGUAACUACGAGAUUUACGGGAGAAUGAUAUAAAGAUACCGUUUGAAACGAUACGCACAGAGCAUUAUCGAUGAUCAGAGAGGGUUAACGAGAGAUUGAUUCGCGGAACCGUAACAUUAUACUUACCACCAACGAAACGCAUAUCUGCGCAGCUAACCGAAUGCGCACGCUCGAACUUGAUCCUCCCGGACACCAUCGAAAUCGACAGACUGCCAGAACGAAGUAUAUACGCGCAUUUAGUGCGUCGUAUUAGCCGAGCGUCGAAGCGACGACGACAGAUGUAAUAGUAUCAUUGGUUGUUUUUAUCAACGACUUCGGAAACGGGGUAGUCCUGAGCUUUUUUACCAGUGGAGAACGGACGAUGUUAAUUACCGGAUGAACGGCAGCGUCGGUGAGGUGCCAUGCUCUGCUACGAACCGGACCGAUCAUCCUGGGAGUACUAUAUUACAUGUAUACACAACUCUGUCUGGUGUCUAUUCCCGAGAAAAAGUAAAAAAAAAAAAAAAGAAAGAUAGAUAGAAAGAAAGAAAAGAAAGAGGAAAGAAUUUGAUACACUUUUGUCGUAGACCUCGUGUAGCUUAACGGAUUUUUUACUACGUAAAGGUAACCAAUUAGCCAACAUAAUCUAUAUUCUAUCGUAAACGUGAAAAGUUUUAACUGUCGACAAUUUUUACUAAUGCAUCGCCGCCGAAGAGACACACAUUUACAUAAAUACAUACAUACAUACACACGGUUAGUUAUCAUCGCUCUGACUGUAUCUAAUUUUUUUAAAUAGGAUUUCGUUCCGGGACAGUUUCUACGUUUGUCUGUAUUGUAAAGGCGAGCCGAAACGACGAUUCGCGAAACGAAUAACCGAGUGAAAUCCCGAGUUGGUCGUACAAACGUUCGAUGAUGUAUUUAGCUGCGUCGCGCACAAUAUCUCACACUUUUUAUACGGUAGAGACUAUUUAUUGAACAUUAUAUUCCGCAGCGCGCGAUAAAAUCGUGUGAAAAUUCCCGGGUCAUCCGUGUUCGCUUUUGCGCGACAACUCUGUCAAUUUUUCUUCUUUUAUACGAGCGUUUUUUACUUCGUCGAAUUGCACCGACGCCAACCUCGAUAUGAAUGUUGAUCUUGGCGACUGUACGGAAAACGAUUUUAUUGCGUGCUCAAAGGGUACACUUUUAAAGAAAAAAAAAAAAGGAAAAACACGCGAAAACCUCUGACAUCACUCGGUCGUCUUUUCCACAGGGAGAAGUCUUUAAUUAUUCACGCUAAACGCGAAUUCGCAUCUCAGGGUUUUAGCUCGUGCGUAACGAAUGGUGAUAUACUGCCGAAGAAUAUUUAGAUCGACCCCUUUUGGACGAUAUUUCAACAAAGUAAACACAAAAAAAAAA